AUGCUGUGCGGUACGUAACGGUUGCUGGUACGGAAUGCCCCUGUGGGGGUACGCAUGUGAAGUCGUCAGCGGAGAUCGGUGGUGUAGAGGCCUACAGCGUCAAGACAAAGAAGGGUAUGACCAAAGUAUACUACAAGAUGAGUUAG